GCCAAAUACGCGUCUGUAAGCCUGUCUGUGAAUGGUAACCAGUGUAUAAAUAAUACUUUAGAUAUUUUUCAUAAUUUUAUAAAGUUUUUAUGAUGUACAUGUUGUUUCUCAUGUGCUAACUGGUGCGUUAAAUCUGACAUCACGUGUGUUCCCCUUUAAGUCCGCGGAUGGGGACACUCCCGAUAAGAAACGCACUUCACGGCCGCGCUCUGUUUUGACUCAAAUGUGUGUGGAGCUGCGUAUGUCGCCUCCUUUCAUCCACUAGCGCACUUCGUCGCCCAUCACCGCGCCCUCCCUCCCUCCCGACGCUGGCAGCGGAAUGGCAGCGGCGGCCCCCAACCCGGAGGACUCCUCCAGGAGCAGCAGCAGCAGCGGCGGCGGCGGCAGCGGCGGCAGCGGGACCGUCACACCCAGCGCCCUCGCCGGCGACGGGGACGCGGAAGAGACCGAGGACUUCACCUCGUCGUCGCACUGCUCGGAGCUGUCGCGGCGGCAGAACGAGCAGCGGAAGCAGGGCUUGUUCUGCGACGUGACGCUGGCGUUCAGCAGCGGCGCGGCCAGCGGCAGCGUGCAGAGCUGCGAGUUCUCCGCGCACCGCUCCGUGCUGGCGGCGGCCACCGACUACUUCACCCCGCUGCUGGGGGGCCAGUUCUCCGAGUCGCUGACCGGACGGGUGGAGAUGAAGGAGUGGAGCUCGGAGCUGGGGCCGGACGCGGAGACCGUGGAGAGCGUCAUCCAGUACAUGUACACCGGCGAAAUACGCGUCAGCACCUGCAAUGUGCACGAGGUGCUGGAGCUGGCCGACAGGUUCCUCCUGCUGCAGCUGAAGGAUUUCUGCGGCGAGUUCCUGAAGAAGAAGCUGAGCUUGACCAACUGCGUGGCCGUGCACAGUCUGGCACACAUGUACACCCUGGACCAGCUGGCCCUGCGGGCCGCAGACAUGAUCCGCCGCAACUUCCACAAGGUCAUCCAGGACGAGGAGUUCUACACGCUGCCCUUCCACCUGGUGCGCGACUGGCUGUCCGACGCGGAGAUCACGGUGGACUCGGAGGAGGUGCUGUUCGAGGCGGUGGUGAAGUGGGUGCAGAAGAACCCCGAGGAGCGGAGCCGCUACUUCGAGGAGCUGUUCCGUCUCCUGCGUUUGCCCCAAAUCAAGCCCACCUACCUGACCAGGGUGGUGAAAAACGAGGCCCUGGUGGCCGCCAACGAGGCCUGUCUCCGGCUGGUGUCGGAGGCCGUGGAGGGCCACGCCAUUCGUUUUGAAAACCUCAAGUCAACUGACAUGGAGCUCUGGUCGUCCCACAUGGCCUCCUUUCAGCCUCGCUUUGGCCAGAACAUGGACGUCAUCAUGGUGGUCGGCGGAGUGUCAGAAGGGGGGGACUACUUGAGCGAGUGUGUCGGCUACUUCAUUUACGAGGACCGCUGGGUCAACCUGCCGCACAUCCACAACCACUUGGACGGCCACGCCAUCGCGGCCACAGAGUCCCACGUCUACGUCGCCGGUUCCAUGGAGCCGGGCUUUGCUAAAACGGUGGAGCGUUACAAUCCUAACCGCAACACCUGGGAGCAGGUGAGCAACUUGACCACACGCAAGCAUUCCUUCGGCCUCACCUGCAUCAAGGAUAUCCUGUACAGCAUCGGUGGCCAUGGGAACUUCAGUCCAGGUUUCAAAGACGUCAGUGUGUACGAGCCCGAGCAAGACAAGUGGCACAAUCUGGAAUCUGCCCCCAAAAUCCUACGGGAUGUGAAGGCAGUGAGCGUGGAGGACCGCUACGUGUACGUCACGGCACGCACGCCUGUCGACACAGACAAUGACGACGGUCUGAAGACGGUGACCACUCGUUAUGACACUGAGAGCCGCCAGUGGCAGGAUGUUGACUCUCUGCCCCUUAUUGACAACUACUGCAUCUUCCAGAUGGCCGUCGCCUCGACUAACUUCUACCACACGGCCUCCUGCUGCCCCAAGAGCUACACAGAGCGGGAGGAGGUUGCCAAGCAAAAGAUCAGCGUGCGCAUCUCUGAUGAGAUCCUGGAGAGCCUGCCACCAGAGGUCACCAGCAUCGAGGGCGCCGCCAUCUGCCACUUCGACGAAGACGUCUUCAUCAUCGGCGGCUGGAAGAACAGCGACGACGUGGACAAGCAGUACCGCAAGGAGGCCUACCGCUACUGUGCGGAAAGGAAGCGCUGGAUGCUGCUGCCGCCCAUGCCCCAGCCUCGUUGCCGGGCCACCGCCUGCCACGUCCGCGUCCCCUAUCGCUUCCUGUACGGAUGCCAGCGCUACCCCAUGCCCCAGAACUUGGCCCGCCAGCGAGAUCGCAUGCAGCAGAUGCAGCAGCUCCACCGGCGCACCCUCACCCUGCGCCGGCAGCUCCAGUCGCAGAUUGAGUGUUGAGCAUGUGGACGUCCGCUCCAUCCAAGAACUUCGCGGUUCCCCCUCCGAAGACAUACUGCGAAACCAUUCCCUCGCAACCGCCGCUGUCGUCGUCGACCCCCAUGUACAGGACAACGCUGUCAUUCUGCAUUUCAUCAAACAGAAAUCUGUCCCAUCAGCUCUCGUACUGUGUUGUGUGAAUGGCUCGUUUUUUUCAGAAAGCCAUGGAAUGUGUGGGCAGACAUGUGCUGACCAGCUGGUGGUCUGCGAGGAGGGACACGGUGGAUGUAAACAUGUGAAUAAGAGUGUUAUAUAACAGCCAACAACUGAAUAUCCUUUUUGUCAAGUUUGUUGGUACGGAUGCUGUUUAAUAGUAAAAAAGCUGUAUAUGUAAAACAUUUCUAUGGAUAUUUUACAUUCCUCUAUUGUAUGCCCUGUACUCGGAAGACUAAUGUGACAUGACUAAUAAUAACUUCAUUCCCGCAUUCAGUCUAACUUGCUUAAUGAAGUCUCUCAUUCCACUGUGCCACUGUGACAAUCUGUUCGUGAAACAUCGGUCUUACUUAUUUCAUAGUUGCUCUGUUAGAAUGACUCAGCUUGUUGCUGUGCAGCCUCAACAACUAAACACAAAUUGAUUAUUUCCGGGAGGCUGUAAAUCUUAAAAAGGCCUGUAGACUAGUUUGCUUUUAGAUGUCAGUUCCUCUUCAACAGUUGUGCAGAGUAUAGUUCUGUCGUUUGUGUUGCUCCUCUUGUAACUUGAAAACUACACAAUGUUUCUCUGGGUUGUCUGAAGAGGUGAAAGGACACGAGAACUGUUAACGUCCAAAAAGAUGUAAGAAGAUGUAAUGAAACCAUUCCUUUGAUCCGGGCUCUGCAUUUAGCACCAAUCCUUAGCAACGGGCUUGAUCGUUCCUUUCUUUUGCACUUUGGGAGUUUGUUAAUCGAUGUGUGUUCUCAUUCAUACGAGAACGGUUCGUGGAAGGUGUGUAAAUGCGUGAGUGUGUGUGUGUGUUUUUGCAGGGUAUCUGCAAAGAACGGCAAACGCUUCUCUUGAACUGCACUUUGUGACAUUUAAUUGUUUUUAAAGUCUUACAGAUAAAUAGGGAUUUAAGUCGCCCCCAGCACUUUGGCUCUUAGCUUGUUUCAUAUCGGACAAGGUGAUUGUAUUUUGGGAAUGCUUUGUUUUAACCAGCUUACAGCCAGUAAGUUAUGAUCUUUAAAGAAAAGAAAAGAGAAAGAAAAUGUUAUCAUUAUUUGCAGAAUUUGUUUCCCCCACAUUAAAUGUCUUGUAAAACCUUGUGUUCUUGUACUUCAAUUGCAGCCGGGUGCGUAUAUGUCGAUGUAUGUGUUCUGUGGUCUCCCGUCACCUGCCAACGAACAGAGACUUAAAAAACAAGAAUCAGAUUUACAAGUCAAAACAAAAGGGAUUGUUAUAUGAAUGUGUUGUUAUGACUUGACAUUCAGAAAUGUCCAACUGCCCGUGCAGCGCCUGAAGGUUACGGAGCACAGAAAUGAUAUUCAUUUCCCACGUUAUGACCAACAAAGAGCAGCACUGCAACUAUCAAGUGGUCUAAGCUAAUUGAUUGACUUUGCAUGUGAUAGUCUGACAUUGUGUCCUCAAUAUUGGAUGUAACUAAUGCUAAUGUCAUCACUUGCAAUUAAAGAUGUUUUGUUAGACAACUGGUUUAACAUA